AUGUUUGAAGUUAUUCAGGGGGCAGUUCUAGAUCUAGCAGAAAGUCUUCAAGGAUCCUUGUUGUACUUGGACGCGGGUGCUGGGGAGAUCGCUCAGACGACGCUCGGGCUUCCCUUCUUGUUUGGUGAGCUAGGAGGCUUGAUUACAGAAGCAUGGCGCAGAUUGAGCUUAUGUUACAUGGGCGUUAUUUCGAACGGCGUCGUAAACGGGAACGCAGGACUCGGCGUGAGUCAUGUCUGCUCGCUGGAGACGGCAACGUCAGAGGACUCAGCAUAUCCGCUGUUGGCUACUGGCUCGGCUCCAACUCGACUAGCCAUUUUCACGACGCAGCUGCUCACGGAUGCCCACCAAUCCAUCCUUCGUGCCGUCCUGGCGCACCCGACGAUUGGCAGUGUCUCGGUGUUUUCAUCCGUUAGUGAGCACGCACACGCCUGUCAGGCGGCGACCGAGCUGGGGGUGGAGGCGUACCGUGAAUAUGCUGAGCUAUUGCAGAGGUCCGAAGGGCGCGUGCUGGCGGAGGCGGCGGAGGCGCUUCUAACGGAAGCGGAAACGGUGGCGAAGGCGGUUUCGGAGCUCCGUCGCCCCCGUCUCCGCCUGUGUCGAUCCGUGUGGCCUUCCUGCCACUCCUGGCAUCCUGCCUGGAUCAAGGAUUGUUCGUACUGCCUGCAGCCAGCUCAGCCGCAAGGCGGGCCUUCUCCACUUCUCCCAGUCCUGCAUUACUGCAUCAUGGGGACAUCCCAUUUGGCGCUGCUUCUGCCUAGCGACGUCGCUGGUACCAUAGCGGUACGGUUCACUGAUAUCGUUGCUACCGCCCGUUGGUACUGCUACACCGCUGUGUUGCUGACGGCCGCACUGAUGCUAUUGCUGGCGUUACGCUCCCUCUCCCGCCCCUUCGCGUCCUUCACACGGAUGUGCGGCGGAGCUGGCGUCCCUCCCCAGCGUCUCCUUGUCCGUGUCUACCAACCCCGGCAGCCUGGCAGGUGGCAGUUUGGCGGUGAGGACGUGACCUGGAUGAGCGAUAGCGAUAUCGCUAAUGGCGUUGUUGUUGCCAAGGGGCCGCCGUCGUCAACGGCUGCGUUCCUGCCGUAUGGCCAGCUGUCGUACGAGUCGUAUGGGGUUGAGCUGUUGGAUCCGACGGACCGUACGGCGAUUUCGCGGAUUGAAGCGAUUGCAGGGCGGCCGCGUCGCGAUGCCCUGGCGGCGCUGCGGCGCGGGCUCAAGGAGGCGCUGCGCGCUGAGAAGCUGACGCCAGCUGUACGGAGCAAGGCGGGUGCCGUACAGGCACCGGAGCUACGGGGUCUAGCUGAGCCCCUGGUGACGUCAUCCGGCGCCUGCAGCCGUCAGCGCGGCGUGGCGGCGCUGGGACUGGCGUUGGCUGAUGUCAUGACGGCGCCGGCGGCGGCGGAAUGGGAGGCGGCGGCGGGCCUGGAGCGCGGCGUGCUGGCGGCGCUGGCGGGCGACGGCAGCGGCGGUGGUGGUGGCGGCGGCGGGUGUGAUGCGGCGAUGCAGGUGCUGCUGGAUGCGGUGGGCGCCGCCAGGAGCGGGCGGGGUCCACUCCAUGUCGGUCACGUCUUGGAGAUCCUGCCCGCUGUCUUCGCAGCCGCAGCAGACUCGGAAUCAGCCACCGCCGCCGGGCCGGCAACGGCGGCGGCGUCCGCUUACACCUAUACCGGCAGCAGCGGCAGCGGCAUCUGUCCGUUUAGUCUCCAGCAGCAGGCGGCGCUUCGCCGCGCUCUGGAGGAGGCUGUACUGCAUUUGUUGUCUUCCUCCGACACGUGUACGGCAACCAGGGUGCAGGAUGUCCUAAGCGGGAGGCUGCCACCGGAUGUUGUGGCGGCGCUGGCGGCAAGGGUGGCGGCGCGGCAGGUCGGCGAUGGCAGCAGCGGCAUGGAGGGCGGUGCCGAGGGGGAGGUGCAGGAGGAAAAGGAGGAGGAGGUGGCGGUAUUGCGGCGGCGUCUCUCCGCAGCUCUGGAUUCGCUGUUCGUGGGGCUGCGCUAUGCAUCUGGGGCCAGGGAGCGGCUCAAGACCUUCAGAAAGGUCACCCAUGUGGACGUGUUCGCAGAGAACCAUGGGUCGCUCAAUCCGCUUUUGCGCCAGGUGGUUCGCAAGGUGCUGCAGCGGGCGGAGGUCAGCGACUGGCAGCAGCAGUCAUUGAGCAGCGGUGGUGGCGGCGGCCUGGUGCGCGGGCUGCUGGGGGGCCUUAUGGGCGCUUCCCGCGCGCUGGUGGGGCGAGCGGGCGGGCAGGCGGGUGGCGGGCAGCUGCCGGCAGACUACGGCACCGUACUUGUGUUUGUCGUGGGCGGCAUCAGUGCGGCGGAGGUUCGGGAGGUUCGCGCGGAGUUGGACGAGCAUGUAGGCCCUGGCAAGCCGCGCGUGCUGCUGGGGGGCACUUCAUUGCUGCUGCCGCAGGAUGUAGUGCUGCAGCUUGCAGGCGGUCUGUUGCCGCCUCCAAAGUAG